AUGACGGAAGAUCUCAGUUUUAAGAACAGGGUAGUGGUUAUCACUGGAGCAGGCGGAGGCUUGGGUCGAGUGUACGCAUUAGAAUUUGCCAAACGAGGCGCCAAUGUUGUGGUGAAUGAUCUUGGCGGCUCCCUUGGCGGGCAAGGCCACAACGCCAGAGCGGCCGACGUCGUAGUAGCCGAAAUUAAGGAUAGGUUCAAGAUUGAGGCAGCUGCCAACUACGACUCUGUGACUGACAACGCCGCAGGAAUCGUGCAAACCGCGAUAGAUCGUUUCGGACGUGUGGACGUGAUCAUCAACAAUGCCGGCAUUCUGAGGGACUCCAGUUUCGCUAAAAUGCAGGAUGCCGCGUUUGAAUCUGUGGUCGACGUGCACCUAAAUGGUGCAUAUAAGCUCAGCAAGGCUGCGUGGCCAUAUUUUCGACGUCAGAAUUUUGGCAGAGUUGUCAAUACUUGUUCCCCAGCUGGGCUGUACGGCAACUUUGGACAAGCAAAUUAUUCAGCUGCGAAAAUGGGUCUCGUUGGCUUUUCUGAAACGCUAGCCAAAGAAGGCUACAAAAAUAACAUUAAUGUCAAUUGCAUUGUUCCCUUGGCGCGGUCUCGCAUGACGGAGAGCAUUAUUCCCCCUCACAUUUUGAAGAACUUGGCUCCCGAAAAAAUCGCUCCUAUGGUUCUUUACUUGUGUCAUGAAUCCACCAAAGUGACAAAUUCGAUUUUUGAAUUGGCCGCAGGCUUCUACAGUCAAAUCCGUUGGGAGCGGUCCUCCGGCCAGAUCUUCAAUCCUAGUCCCGAAUCUUUCACCGCUGAGGCUAUCCUUGAUAAGUGGUCAUCCAUCGUGGACUACACUGACAAGCCCUUCAAUAAAGUUUCACACCCCAUUCAAUUGAGUGAUUAUAAUGCCUUAAUCGCCAAAGCUCGUCAACUACCUGCUAAUAGCCAAGGCUCUGGUCGUAUUGAAUCCCUCAAGGGUAAAGUUGUGAUUGUCACAGGCGCAGGCGCGGGUUUAGGCAAAUCGCAUGCACUUUCCUUUGCCAAGUAUGGAGCUAAAGUUGUGAUCAAUGAUAUCAGAGACCCUUACACUGCUGCUACAGAAAUUCAAAAGUUAUACGGAGAAGAUUCAGCUGUAGCCGAUAAGCAUGACGUCGUCACUCAAGCUCAGGAAAUUAUCGAAACUGCCAUAAAGCAUUACGGAAAAGUUGAUGUGUUGAUCAACAACGCAGGUAUCUUGAGAGACAGGUCUUUCGUGAAAAUGACUGAUGAAGAAUGGCUUAUUGUCUUGAAAGUUCAUCUUUACUCUACAUACGGGCUUUGCAACGCUGUUUGGCCCGUAUUUCUCAAACAAGGAGGUGGUUACAUCAUCAACACUACUUCGACCUCUGGAAUUUAUGGUAAUUUUGGACAAGCAAAUUACGCUGCAGCAAAAGCUGCCAUACUUGGUUUGUCGAAAACUUUGGCUUUGGAAGGUUUGAAAGCAAACAUAAAAGUGAAUAUCGUAGCGCCACACGCGGAAACUGCGAUGACUAAAACAAUUUUCUCGGAAAAAGAACUAGGAAGUCACUUUGAUCCAAGCCAAGUCUCCCCAUUUUUCGUGUUGUUGGCUACGGACGAGCUAAGUAAAAAAGUCGGGAAGCCUGUCACGGGUCAAUUGUUUGAGGUAGGAGGUGGAUGGUGUGGUCAAACUAGAUGGCAAAGGAGUAAAGGUGUUGUCAGCUUGCAACCAUCUCCUGAAUUUUUGCGCGACAAUUGGAAGAAUCUUGUUGACUUUAGACAAAGUACUCAUCCAACGUCUACCCAGGAUUCUUCGAUGUCUAUUCUUCAAAGCGUUACGCAAGCUACUGAAUCUGCAGCUUCUAAGGCACUCUUCAAGUAUUCUGAAAGAGACGUGAUUUUGUACAACCUUGGGCUAGGUUGCACUAGCCAAGAAUUGAAAUACUGUUAUGAAAAUGAUCCCAAUUUUCAGGUCCUUCCUACCUUCGGGGUCAUUCCCUUCAUGUCGAGUGGAAACUCUAUAAAAAUGGAUUCUUUGGUUGAGAACUUUAAUUAUGCCUUCCUGUUACAUGGUGAACAAUAUUUCAAGCUAAACAAAUUUCCUAUUCCAACCAAAGGUAAGUUAAAGACUAUUGGAAAGCCGAUUCAAGUGCUUGAUAAAGGCGGCAAAGCUGCUGUUAUAAUUGGAGGGUAUCAAACUAUAAAUGCGGAAACCAAUGAAACUCUUUUCUACAAUGAAGCUACGUUUUUCAUAAGAGGCGCCCAUGCUCCCAAAGCUAAGCAAAUCAAAAACGCACGGGCUAAGUUCGCAGUUCAGCCUUUUAAGGCACCUGAAACAAAGCCUGACUUUGAGAUUGAGAUAACUACAGAUAUAAAUCAAGCUGCUAUCUACCGUUUAUCGGGCGACUUCAAUCCUUUGCAUAUUGACCCUACUGUUGCCAAAAUGUCUAAAUUUCCAAGACCGAUUUUGCAUGGUCUUUGCACUUUAGGAGUUACCGGCAAAGUUUUGUACGAGAAGUUUGGUCAAUUUGACGAGUUCAAAGUUCGUUUCACAAACGUGGUCUACCCGGGAGAUCGGUUGAAAGUGAAAGCAUGGAAACAGCCCAAUGGGGUUGUAAUCUUUCAAACCUUUGACCUUGACAAAAACUAUGUCGUACUUGACAACGCCGCUCUCAAGCUAGUGGGCGGUAAGGCUAAUUUAUGA